AUGGCAGCAAAUGGGUAUGAGUACGAGCCGGGAGGUGAUGGUUUUGCCAACCGCAGACGAAGACCACGACCUGUCACUGACUACGGGUCGUCGCUUGUACAAUACAUGCGAAGUCGCCGACCACGGUACAGAGGGUCACACCAUCUCGAAGCCGAAAGACCCAGCCCGAGUUAUAUCGUCGAUGUGCUUCCUCCCGCAGCAAAGCUGGACUGUCCCGCCGACGCUAUACCCGUACGGCACCUACAUUCCUCCCUCGGCAAGUCUAAGAAGCCAGUCACGGUGGUAAGGUGGAUGCCAGAAGGGCGUCGGCUGCUGGCUGGAGUACACAAUGGAGAAUUUAUGCUGUGGAAUGGCAUGGCCUUCAACUUUGAGACAGUAACUGCCGUGGGCUCCUCCUCUCUUCGAGCAGCGGAAUGGUCGCACAAACGAGAUUGGCUUUUGGCGGCGAAUGAUGAAGGAAUAGUCUACUAUCUUCAGCCUACACUCAACAAUCCACACAAAUUUCAAGCUCAUGCAAUGCCUGUGCGAGAUCUUGCCUUUGCUCCGUCGGAUUCCAAGUUCGUGACAGCAUCAGAUGAUGCCACUCUCAAGAUCUGGGACUUCACCACCUCAAAUGAUGAGUCCACUCUGCAGGGCCACAAUUGGGAUGCCAAGUGUUGUGACUGGCAUCCUUCGAAAGGUCUCAUUGUGUCAGGCAGCAAAGACCACUCGGUGAAGUUGUGGGAUCCUCGCUCCACCCGGAACCUGACCACGCUUCAUUCUCAUAAAAAUGCGCUUACUGCAACAGUCUUCUCGCGUCUCCGCGACCAACUAUUGGCAACAGCGGGCCGAGAUAAUCUAGCUCGGAUCUUUGACCUCAGAAUGAUGCGUGAUGUGUGCGUCUUAAGAGGUCACGAAAAGGGCAUAACUGCAGUCUCAUGGCAUCCGGUCCACUCAUCUCUACUCUCUACUGGCUCAGAUGAUGGCUCAAUACAUUCGUAUCUUCUCGACGAACCCAACCCUCCUGUCGGGGUAUCAACCUCCGAGGUCUCCCCGUACAAUUCUCUUGAUCCGUCAUCUACACCAGCCCAAUCCAUCUAUCCAGCCCAUCGUAUCUCGCAUGCACACGAAUCAAGCGUCUGGUCAUUAGAUUGGCAUCCGCUUGGACAUAUACUAGCCUCUGGCUCCAAUGAUCAUUUCACUCGAUUCUGGAGCCGUGCUCGACCUGGUGAGACCAAUUGCUUCAAAGACCAGUAUCACCUGGGCGAAGAAGGUGCGGAAGCACAAGGUACGUGGGAUCGUAAAUAUGGUCGCAAGCAGGCGCGUGAGCAAGAGGAGCAAGAAUUGGAAGACGAGGCGGAAGGUCUGGAAGAUCAACGUGCCUCGGGAGCCAACACGGCUUUCUCAAUUCCGGGUCUUCCAAUCCCUGGCAUCAAUGGCAGUGGAUCUAAUCUUCUUCCGGGGAUGGGUCAUGUACCGCCGCCGCCCGUCCAAGCAGGCAGUGCUGCGAGCAUGCCCAGCAUAGCUGGAAUGGACCCAACACGUUUGGCCCAGUUAUUUCCACAAGCCAAUCCAGGCUUCGUGCCACCGCCUCCUCCGCCGGGGGCUCCCGGUGGGUUGCCCGUAGACUUCUCAAAGCUUCAAUUACCUGCGGGCUUCAAGCUCCCACCAGGUUUUCCGCCUCCUCCUGUACCUGGCGGCUUCCCGCAAGGACAGCCCAACGGCUUACCUGGUCUGGUUGGUAAUGUCCCAGGCUUGAACGGAGCCGGUGAAGACUCUAGUAAUGGUGGUAUUAGACGAAGAGCGCCAUUACCGAGCCAGCAGGAAAGUCUGAUGGCUGAGCAGAGGAGGGGAAAUUUCCGGAUAUCACGAUAA